UGCGAGCCGGGCUGGCGCCCUGCGCACGGUGCCUUGGGCUGCGCCCCGCCAGCCCCCGGGUGUGGAGUGUGGCGGCCGCCGGCCAGCGCGCGGGAUGAGGAGCCGGUGCGAGGCGUUCCCCGGGGACUGAGCCUCCCUCCCGCUGCACCAUGAAACUCUACUGCAAGGUGGUGGCCAUCCUGCUGUGCCUGGGCACCCUGCUGCUGCUCUAUCUCUUCGUGGGCAACGCGGACGAGCCGCCGCUGAAAGGGGCCGGAGAAACUCGCUGGCUGCCCGUUUCCUCCGGACCCGGGGGCCGCGCCCACCCGCUCUUUGCCCAUUUCCAAGCCGUCCGGGCAGCGCCGAAGGAGGAGGGGGCGGCGGCGGCGCAGAUUGCCAAGCGAGAGCCACGUCUCAGCAGAAACCCCGGCAAGCGAAGUCCGGCGAGAGGGAAGUUUGCAAACGCUCGAAGACCUGGGAAACAGAAACACUUGAAAGAACUUCCAUCUCGGCAAUGGAUGCACCUGGCAGUUGUGGCAUGUGGCAACCGGCUGGAAGAGACUCUUAUCAUGCUGAAAUCAGCAGUUCUGUUUAGCUACAGGAAGCUCAAGUUUCACAUCUUUGCUGAGGAUUCCCUGAAGCCUGAAUUUGAGAAAAAGUUAAGGGAAUGGCCUGCCUCUUACACCAAGAAGUUUGAAUACAAUGUCUACCCAAUUGCUUUUUCAGUAGGAAAUGCUCAGGAAUGGAAAAAAUUAUUCAAACCUUGUGCUGCCCAGCGCCUCUUUCUUCCGGUGAUUUUAAAGGAUGUGGAUUCUCUUCUCUACGUGGACACUGACGUUCUCUUCCUGAGGCCCAUUGAUGACAUCUGGAGCUUCCUGAAAGAGUUCAACUCCACACAGCUGGCUGCUAUGGCCCCAGAGCACGAAAUACCAAAGAUUGGUUGGUAUAGUCGAUUUGCUCGUCACCCUUACUAUGGAACAACUGGAGUCAAUUCCGGAGUCAUGCUGAUGAAUUUAACCCGGAUAAGAAACACACAGUUCAAGAACAGCAUGAUACCGACAGGCUUGAUGUGGGAGGAAAUGUUGUACCCAUUAUACCAAAAGUACAAAAAUUACAUUACAUGGGGAGACCAGGACUUGCUAAAUAUUAUUUUUUACUUUAACCCAGAGUGUCUCUAUGUGUUUCCCUGUCAGUGGAAUUACCGGCCCGAUCACUGUAUGUAUGGGAGUAACUGUAAAGGCGCAGAAGAGGAAGGCAUAUCUGUUCUCCAUGGUAAUAGGGGCGUCUACCAUGAUGACAAGCAGCCUACUUUUAAGGCACUAUAUGAAGUGAUACGUGAUUUUCCCUUUGAAGACAAUCUCUUCCAGUCCUUGUACUACCCUCUUCAGUCUAAGUUUCUGGAUACUGUACACACUUUAUGUGGGCGAAUUCCACAAGUUUUUCUGAAGCAGAUUGAGAAAACGAUGAAGAAGGUUUAUGAAAAUCGUGUCAUUGUUCAUGUGGGAGCCAACUACAGAUACUAAACAUAGCUAUACCGUAUGUGGUAAUUUUCAUUCUUGUAUCCAAAUCAUUUGAGGCAGAUUAAUUAAAUUGAGGCAGGGGCACUGUCAGUUUAAAAUUCAUGUUAUAAAAAAAAAUUGUCUAAAUUGAAACAAUUCACCAAGGAUCAUGGUGGAUUCUCCAUUACUGACCACUUUUAAAUCAAGAUUGGGUGUUUUUCUGAAAGAUCUGCUCUAGGAAUUAUUUUGGAAAAGUUCUAUGGCCUUUGUAAUACAGGAGGUCUGACAAGAUUAUCACAGUUGUCCCUUCUGGCCUUGGAAUUCAUGAAUUUCCUGUUUCAUUAAUAACUCCUUAAAUGAUUAAUAUGGAAUUUUAAAAAUCCAUUCAAACUGCCACUACUUAUACUCUUUGUUCACUUCCUGCAUUUCUCUCCCCUUGAACAAGGAGAAUCAAUGGUUUGACUGUCGCUAGAAUGAGUUUCAUGUUUUUAGUUCUGUUAUGUUUAAGUUUAAACACUUCAGGGGAAUGUGUAUGUGUUUAAAAACAACUAUUUUCAUUGGACGUGUUUUUCAGUUGUGGAAACAUCUGUUUUAUUUAAAAAAAAAUUCAUCCCACAAGAUUUAAAUUUGGGUCUAGAUUUAAAUUGACAGCCUCACUGACUUAAAAAUAGAUGCGCAAACCAUCAUGACAGCCUUAAUUAAACAUGACUGUAUUAAAGGGAAACCAUCUGCUUAAAAAUCACUGAAAGGUAUGUGGGCAGGGGGGAGAGUCUGUUUGUUUACUUUGUGCAUUUGACAGCACUUUGUGUCUAGUGAGUAUCAUUGUUCCCUGGUCUACUUUCCCUGUUUUGUUUGGGCCUUUCACACAGCAACAGGAGGGAGGCCCAUUAAAGCCACUAAGAAGAACAUAUCCACAAAUAUUGGGAGAGGGAUGUAGAGAUAAGUACAGUACUUGAAACUAGUGUUAACUCACUUGCUGAAAGUACCUAGAUUUCAAGUGUCUGUUUUAAAUUCCCCUCUCUGUGGGAACAUGGCCUUGGUCUUUUUUUCUUCCCGUUUUAAAUACAUUACCUUUCUUGCUAUUUUGUGGUUUUAAUUAUGUUAAAAACAGGCCAAGAACACUGUGAAUGAACUGUAGGAAAACAGGUACUAUUGAACUGUUUUUCUCAUUAACCUUCUUUAAUUACUACUUACUGCUUGGGAAUAAUUCUGUACCACUGAGAACCUUUCUUCCAGCACAGCGUUACUGGGAGACUGAGAUUGCUGCCUCUGACUGCUUUUUCCAAUAUGCCAAAAAUCCACUUGUUCUUGGACAUAAAAAAAAAAAAAAAAAUCCACAUCUCUGCUUGGCACUUUCAUCCCUUGAAGUUCAGCAUCUGUGCCAGGAUUUUAACUAAUGGCCUCAAAGUGAAAUGGGAUACAAGAUGGCUUUGAUGUUUGUUUUUUAUUUAAAAUAUUUAAUUUAGGUUCUAUUUCAAAAGAAUGUUCAUGUUGUAAGUAGUUAGAUUGAAGGUUACAGACAGUGUUACACAGCUCAUUAAAACUUGCAGUAGUUAAAAGGUGCUUAGCAGAAGCUGUAGGAAACCUGAAACUUUAAGGAUUCAUGGUGCAAUGACAGACCCAUAAAAGACACUUUGUAAGUGAAAAUCUUGAGGGGAUGUAUACAGCAGGAAGGUUAUAUUGUUCAGCAUGUGGAAGGCAACUGAAUAGACAGCCUUAUCUUACCUUAUCUGUUCAGCAGAAAAAUCAGCCAUCACUUGGAACAGUCUUUUAUGUCUAGUACGCAAGGUGUCGAGGGGGAACUAUUCUGUAAUGAAAAAGUUGCACUAGACUGCAUUAUAAUAUGCAUGUAAUACCAAUAGUUUUCCAGGCAUACAUACUUACCUCGCAUGGCUGGUGAGUGCUAGGGACAUGUCACUUUAAUUAGAGUCUAGAAGUUCAAGACUGUCUGCAGUGUUGGCAUUGCUGCCCUCACCAUUCAUGACUGAUACACGCAGUUUCGCGAGGGAACACGUGCCAACCGAAAAUCCUCUUAAAUGGGUGGCCUAUGUGUGUCCCUCUUCUCCAGUAACAGCAGGCUAGCUGUCUCUCUCUGCCUAAUCAGAAGAGUUGACACUAAUGUGCCCAAAUGCAAUACCUGGCUUGUGAGGGAGAGGAAGUCAUGAGGUUUGCUGGCAGCUAAGGCUGCCAAACAGGCAGGUUGUUCACAGUGGUAAGUGCCUGUGGAAACCUUUUACAAAUGCAUGGGGUGUGAAAACAUAUGAGACACAUCUGUAGGCACACUGAAUGAAUGGCAUGGCAUGACAGACAGCAGCACUAAGGAAGCGUCCGAGUAGAGUGAAAUGGAAGAGCCCAGAAUACCAGACUUGAAAUCCUGGCCCCACUAAAGUCCGUGAUUUCAUCCCCGGGCUGGACUAGUCUUCAGAAGAGACACAACAGACAAAAGAACAGUUCUCUGACACAAGGCCUAAUAGGACCCUCAAACCCCCUUCUCUCCCCCACACUUCCCUUCCCCCUCACAAUUUGCACAUUUCUGGCUCUCAUCCUCAAAUUAUCUUAUGCUCUUACUAUGUAAGAGAUCAACGUACCUUAACUAGCAAUGGACAGAAGCAGUCAUUCUGAACAGUCUUUCAGCUAUCCCUCUUAAUGGGGGACCAGAAAGGCAUUUAAACCUAUAUAAUGCAGGCUUGAAAUAUUUAGUAUUUUUCUUCAAGCCCCAACUCCUGGAGUCAGAUGAUUUCUUCAGAAUUUCAGUUUUCAUUUAAAAAGAAAUGUAAGUUUUUUGGCUCUUGUGGUUAUGGAGAAGAGCUUGAAAAUGUGACCCGAGUGUACCUGAAUUACUCAAAAGCUAGUAAACAAAUAAAAAGAACCCAAAGUGUAUUAUUUUAAAAGCUUCACGGUAUUUAAAAUACUCUUGUGCUGUCUGGAGCUUGAUUCAUGAUUUUUAAACAUUUUGGGGUUGGCAAUAGCGCAUACUUAAAAAAUAGUUUGAUUUCCUAAAGCAGGAUAAAGCAGACUGUCUGUAGGUCCUGUUUGGUUAGAUUAGACAUCCUCUGAGCAUUUCUAAAUUGCUCAUCUCUGUGGUAUCUACAAGCCACAGAGGUUUGUAGAGCAAAAGUCGUCUUGCCCAGAACUUGGAACAAUGCCUCUCAUAUACAGCAGUAGAUUUGCUAACUCACAGACGCUUAGUAGGUUAUGAUUAUGUCCAUUAUGAUUCAGUAGAACUUGGAACCAUGGGAACAUAUUUGUGAUGAAGGAAUCAAAUAAGAUACUAUAGUUAAUUACAAAAGAAAGGCAUUAUUACUUAUAAAGUUAUUGGAGAUUAAAACUGUUUACAGGUGGUGCUAUAUUUUUAUAAAGAACAAUAUUAUGUUAACAGUUGUCUAAGGUAUAUGAAGUAUACAUUUUAACGUGAAAAUAGCUUUCAGUGUAAUGAGAAGGCGAUUAUGCAGGAACGUAACUUUUUUUGGUAUUGUUUUUUUGAAAAAAAUUAAUUGAGCUGUAAUUUGAACACUCCAAAGCCUUUUUUAAAAAGUUACAUAAUUUUUUUCUCAUUCUGACUAGAAUUAUUAAUUUAUAUUUUACUACUGCUUCCAAAAAACAUUUGUCUUCAUUUCAACAGCAGUUGGUUUUAAUAUUAAGCUUACUUUAAUCACACUUCAUACUCAUUGCUAAUUACUUGUAAAUUAGCCUCAUUUAUUUUAAUAAUGGAACUAUGUAAAUACUUAUGUAGGAUUUAUAUAUUUUUCCCUCCCCUUAUAUACUAUUAUUGUAUUGGUAACAAAAAAACCCCCAACAAAACAGAAUACCAUUUUUCAUGUACCACACUAAGCAAUGACACCAUAACGUAUUAGCACUAAAAGAGGGAACACCAAAAUAGUUAUCUGUAGAUUCAUACAAAUUCAUUCUUUGGCACGUUCAGAGAGUUGGUAACCCAGAUUUCACAAAGAAAAAUUCAUUCGCUGCAUUCAGAACAGUGUGGUACGGUACAGCCUAAAUAAUUGUGCCCUAGUUAUUUGAACGCAGGCUGUGAUCCUGCAAAGGCUUAAACUUUUCACACUGUGAGUCGCCCCGUUGCAGUCAGUAGAACUACUUGCAGUGUAUAAAAUGAAGCAUGUGCCUAAGUCUUGGCCUGAUCAGGGCUAUAAUGCACAUUUCCAGGUUUUAAAUUUGCUGUGCUAUACUUGAACUUGCAAAAGUUAUACAAAAAAGGGCCUGACACAGAGCAGUGCUGAGCACCUCCUUUCAGCCCUAACCCUUUUAAGGAAGUGUCAGAAUAAAAAUACACAUUAUACAGUGAGGAACUGCCAGUGAGGGAGGCAUCUGUUUGCAUCAUUUUAUAAUGUGAAGGCUUUUUUGGCUGUUUGGCUGCACCUGGCAAAGUGAGCUACAUAGCUUUGCUAUAAUUUCUGUUCUUCACAGGAGGAAACUGGAAACUAUUUUUUGAUGUGUGUAUGUGCGCACAUGUACAUAUGAGUGGGUGUGUAAAGAAUUAUGAUCAAUUUCUGUAUCAUUUAAAUGCUUGUAUAUUUUAUCUGACAAGUGCACCAAUUGUUUAUUGCUCCCAAGGAGGCAUUGCGGUGCAUUUCUAUGUUUAAGAUUCUUUGACUUACAGUAUAAAUAAAUGAACUUUUA